AUGGCUGUCGAAGCGACGUCCGCCGCUGAGGCGCGCACGAAGCUGGCUUACCAGAACAGAUGGAAGACCAUUGCCUCCAACCCCAAGAUUGUCGUCAUCGCGCUGUUCGCAUCCUUUGGUGGCUUCGAAUAUGGAUACCAACAAGGUGUGCUCGGCCAAUCGCUCGUCAUGACGCGUUUCAAGGACAACUUCCCGUCCGUCGUCGGUUCCUCCAGCGCCACCGGUUGGUUGACCUCCAUUCUCCAGCUUGGAGGUAUCCUGGGCUCCGUCAGUGCUGGUGUUUUCGGCGAGGUCUUCUCUCGCAAGUACACUAUGUUCUCCGCCUGUCUUUGGGUUGUCCUCGGUAGCUACCUGUACACUGGCGCAAGCUACCACAAGCCCGAGCUCCUCUACGCCGGCCGAUUCUUCACUGGUCUCGGCGUCGGAACCUUCUCCGGUGUUGGUCCUCUCUACAACGCCGAACUCGCCGCUCCUGAGAUGCGUGGAUUCAUCGUCUCUUUCUACCAAUUCGCCACCAUUCUCGGUAUCAUGUUGUCUUUCUGGAUUGGAUACGGCAGCAACUACAUUGGCGGUACCGGCAUCGACCAGUCUGACCUUGCCUGGAAGCUGCCCUCCUACAUCCAGGGUAUUCCCGCCGCCCUUUUGGCCCUCGGCAUUUGGUGGCUUCCCUUCUCCCCUCGUUGGCUCGUCAAGCAGGGCCGUGACGAGGAGGCUGUCAAGACCAUUGCCUACCUCCGCAAGCUCGAUGUUGAGAGCGAGCUCGUCCAGGUCGAGUUCAAGGAGAUUAAGGCUGAGGCCCUCUUCGAGCAGCGUUCGUUCCAGAAGGCGUUCCCUCAGCUGGCCGAAAAGGAGAAGACCAGCGUUUGGAUGCGCGAGGUUGCCCAGUACUGGCAGAUUCUUCGCUCGUGGUCCCACUUCAAGCGUGUCGCGACCGCCUGGCUGGUCAUGUUCUGGCAGCAAUGGUCUGGUAUUGAUGCCAUUAUUUACUAUGCCUCCAACGUCUUCCAGAGCCUGGGUCUCACUGGCGGCACCACUGCCCUCCUUGCCACCGGUGUUACCGGCGUCGUCUUCUUCGUCUCCACAUUGCCUGCCAUGGCCAUUAUUGACAAGGUCGGCCGCAAGCCCAUCUUGAUCGUCAGCUCAAUUGUCAUGUUGAUUUCUAUGAUCAUCCCUGCUAUCAUUGUGGCCAAGUUCAGCCACGACUGGCCUGGCCACCCCAUUGAAGGUUGGGUCGCCGUCGCCUUCAUCUGGCUCUACAUCGCUGGAUUCGGUGCUGGAUGGGGACCUGUCAGUUGGACCCUCGUCUCCGAGAUCUUCCCGCUGUCUAUCCGUGCCAAGGGAGCGUCUAUCGGUGCUUCAAGCAACUGGCUCAACAACUUCGCCGUCGCCUUCUACGUGCCCUCGAUGCUCGAGGCCUGGGAGUGGGGAACCUACCUCUUCUUUGCCGUCUUCCUGUUCUGCGGCAUUCUCUGGGUGCACUUCUGCCUGCCCGAGACCAAGGGUGCCACCCUGGAGGAGAUGGACCGCGUGUUCGGCAGCAACACUGGCGCUGAGGACAGUAUCAUGCUCGAGCAGGCGAGACGCGAUGUCGGCCUCACCGAAGAGCUGGAGGAGAACGCUAUCCACGCCGAGAAGAAGGGUCUUCACGAGACUCAGCAUGAGAGCGUUUAA